GCGGCGGCAGCAUCACCGGCCGCCGAGGGGGCUGCGGCGGCCACUCCGAGGGCGCCGGGCACGCGGAGCGCUCGAAGCUGCUCCCGGUGAGACCCCGAGUGAUGGCGUGGCUCCCGCGGGCCGCCCGCGCCUGAGGCGCCCCGCCCCGCCCGGCCCCGCCCGGCCCUGCCCUGCCCGGCCCGCGCCCUCGCGGCAGCCGGGGCGCUUCCUAGUCGGCGCGGGCGGCCGCGCAGGCGGAGCGCGGCCUCCGCACCCGCGUGGGGCACCGACGCCGCGGGCUCGCCAUGGCCGCGUCCGAGCUCUACACAAAGUUUGCCAGGGUUUGGAUACCUGAUCCUGAGGAAGUUUGGAAGUCAGCAGAGCUGCUCAAAGAUUAUAAGCCUGGAGAUAAAGUCCUAUUGCUUCACCUUGAGGAAGGAAAGGAGUUGGAAUAUCGUCUAGAUCCAAAGACCAAGGAACUGCCUCACUUAAGAAACCCUGACAUACUUGUGGGUGAAAAUGACCUCACGGCCCUCAGCUAUCUUCAUGAGCCUGCUGUGCUCCACAAUCUCAGAGUCCGCUUUAUUGACUCCAAACUUAUUUAUACAUAUUGUGGUAUAGUCCUAGUUGCUAUAAAUCCUUAUGAGCAGCUGCCUAUUUAUGGAGAAGAUAUUAUCAAUGCAUAUAGUGGUCAGAACAUGGGUGAUAUGGAUCCACAUAUCUUUGCAGUUGCUGAAGAAGCUUAUAAGCAAAUGGCCAGAGAUGAACGAAAUCAGUCCAUCAUUGUAAGUGGAGAGUCUGGGGCAGGAAAAACAGUCUCAGCUAAGUACGCCAUGCGAUACUUUGCAACUGUAAGUGGUUCUGCCAGUGAAGCCAAUGUUGAAGAAAAGGUCUUGGCCUCCAACCCCAUCAUGGAGUCCAUUGGAAAUGCUAAGACAACCAGGAAUGAUAAUAGCAGCCGUUUUGGGAAGUAUAUUGAGAUUGGUUUUGAUAAAAGAUAUCGAAUCAUCGGUGCCAAUAUGAGAACUUACCUUUUAGAGAAAUCCCGAGUGGUGUUCCAGGCAGAAGAGGAAAGAAACUAUCAUAUCUUUUAUCAACUUUGUGCCUCAGCAAAGUUACCUGAAUUUAAGAUGCUGCGAUUAGGAAAUGCAAAUCACUUCCAUUACACGAAGCAAGGCGGCAGUCCUGUGAUCGAAGGAGUCGACGAUGCCAAGGAGAUGGCACAUACCAGGCAGGCCUGCUCUUUGCUGGGAAUUAGUGAAUCUUAUCAGAUGGGAAUUUUCCGAAUACUUGCUGGCAUUCUCCACUUAGGCAACGUUGGAUUUACGUCUCGAGAUUCAGACAGCUGCACAAUACCUCCCAAGCAUGAACCUCUCAGCAUCUUCUGUGACCUCAUGGGCGUGGACUAUGAGGAGAUGUGUCACUGGCUCUGCCACCGGAAGCUAGCUACCGCCACUGAGACAUACAUCAAGCCCAUCUCCAAGCUGCAGGCUACGAAUGCCCGUGAUGCUUUGUCCAAGCACAUCUAUGCCAAGCUCUUUAACUGGAUUGUAGAUCAUGUCAAUCAGGCUCUCCAUUCUGCUGUCAAACAGCACUCCUUUAUUGGCGUGCUGGACAUUUAUGGAUUUGAAACAUUUGAGAUAAACAGUUUUGAACAGUUCUGCAUAAAUUACGCAAAUGAAAAACUACAGCAACAAUUCAAUAUGCAUGUCUUCAAAUUAGAACAAGAAGAAUAUAUGAAGGAACAAAUUCCAUGGACUCUCAUAGAUUUUUAUGAUAAUCAGCCUUGCAUUAAUCUUAUAGAGUCUAAGCUGGGCAUUCUAGAUUUGCUGGAUGAGGAAUGCAAAAUGCCUAAAGGCACAGAUGACACUUGGGCCCAAAAAUUGUACAACACACAUUUGAACAAAUGUGCACUCUUUGAAAAACCCCGUCUAUCAAACAAAGCUUUCAUCAUUCAACAUUUUGCUGACAAAGUGGAAUACCAGUGUGAAGGCUUUCUGGAAAAGAAUAAAGACACUGUUUUUGAAGAACAAAUUAAAGUUCUUAAAUCGAGCAAGUUUAAGAUGCUACCAGAAUUAUUUCAAGAUGAUGAGAAGGCCAUUAGUCCAACCUCAGCCACCUCUUCAGGGCGUACACCCCUCACUCGCCUUUCUGCAAAGCCCACCAAAGGUCGACCAGGUCAGACGGCCAAAGAGCACAAGAAAACGGUGGGGCACCAGUUCCGAAAUUCCCUUCAUCUGCUAAUGGAGACCCUCAAUGCUACUACCCCUCAUUAUGUGCGCUGUAUUAAGCCUAAUGAUUUCAAGUUCCCAUUCACGUUUGAUGAGAAGAGGGCAGUGCAGCAGCUGAGGGCGUGUGGUGUCCUGGAGACCAUCCGAAUCAGCGCGGCGGGGUUCCCCUCUCGGUGGACUUACCAAGAAUUUUUCAGCCGUUACCGUGUCCUAAUGAAGCAGAAAGAUGUACUGAGUGACAGAAAGCAGACAUGUAAGAAUGUAUUAGAGAAACUGAUUCUGGACAAGGAUAAAUACCAGUUUGGUAAGACAAAGAUCUUUUUCCGUGCCGGUCAAGUGGCCUACCUAGAAAAAUUGAGGGCAGACAAGCUGAGGGCUGCCUGCAUUCGGAUCCAGAAGACAAUCCGAGGGUGGCUGCAGCGGAAGAAGUACCUGCGCAUGCGGAAGGCAGCCGUCACCGUGCAGAGAUACGUGCGAGGCUACCAGGCGCGAUGCUACACUAAGUUCCUACGCAGAACCAAGGCAGCCACCAUCAUUCAGAAGUACUGGCGCAUGUAUGUAGUCUGCAGGAAGUACAGAAUUACACGAGCUGCCACUAUUGUUCUUCAGUCUUAUUUGCGAGGCUACUUGGCCAGAAAUAGGUAUCGCAGGAUACUCCGUGAGCACAAAGCGGUCAUCAUUCAGAAGUGGGUCCGGGGCUGGCUGGCUCGCACCUGCUACAAGAAGACCAUGCAUGCCAUCAUUUACCUUCAGUGUUGCUUUCGGCGGAUGAUGGCCAAGCGUGAGCUGAAGAAGCUCAAGAUUGAGGCCCGCUCCGUAGAGCGCUAUAAGAAACUCCACAUUGGCAUGGAAAACAAGAUUAUGCAGCUGCAGCGCAAAGUUGAUGAGCAGAACAAAGACUAUAAAUGCCUCAUGGAGAAACUGACCAAUCUGGAAGGAGUAUACAACUCUGAGACUGAGAAACGACGAAGUGACCUAGAGCGUCUUCAACUAAGUGAAGAGGAAGCUAAGGUUGCCACUGGACGGGUCCUCAGUCUACAGGAAGAAAUUGCCAAGCUCCGGAAAGACCUGGAACAAACUCGGUCAGAGAAAAAAUCCAUUGAGGAACGUGCCGAUAAAUACAAACAAGAAACUGAGCAGCUGGUAUCAGAUCUUAAGGAAGAAAAUACUUUGCUGAAGCAGGAAAAGGAGGCCCUCAAUCACCUCAUUGUGGAACAGGCUAAGGAGAUGACAGAGACUAUGGAGAAGAAGUUAGUAGAAGAAACAAAACAACUGGAACUCGAUCUCAAUGAUGAAAGGCUGAGAUAUCAAAACCUUCUGAAUGAGUUUAGUCGCUUAGAAGAACGAUAUGAUGACCUCAAGGAAGAGAUGACUCUGAUGGUGAAUGUGCCGAAGCCUGGACACAAGAGAACAGACUCCACCCACAGCAGCAAUGAGUCUGAAUACACCUUCAGCUCUGAAAUUGCAGACACUGAAGACAUUCCAUUGAGGACAGAGGAGCCAAGUGAGAAGAAGGUACCUUUGGACAUGUCGUUGUUCCUCAAGCUCCAGAAGCGGGUCACGGAGCUGGAGCAAGAGAAGCAGAUGAUGCAGGAUGAGCUGGACCGCAAGGAGGAGCAGGUGCUCCGCAGCAAGGCAAAGGAAGAAGAACGACCGCAAAUCAGAGGUGCAGAACUGGAAUAUGAGUCACUCAAGCGUCAAGAACUGGAAUCAGAAAACAAAAAACUGAAAAAUGAGCUAAAUGAAUUACGCAAGGCCCUGAGUGAGAAAAGUGCCCCAGAGGUGACCGCUCCGGGUGCACCGGCUUACCGUGUCCUCAUGGAGCAGCUGACCUCCGUGAGUGAGGAGCUGGACGUCCGCAAGGAGGAAGUCCUCAUCUUGAGGUCUCAGCUGGUGAGCCAGAAAGAGGCCAUCCAACCCAAGAAUACAAUGACAGAUUCCACAAUACUUCUGGAAGAUGUACAGAAAAUGAAAGAUAAAGGCGAAAUAGCACAAGCAUACAUUGGUUUGAAAGAAACAAACAGACAAUCUGCUGUGGAUUUGCAUGAGCUGACUGAGGAUGGAGAGCUGUGGCUGGUUUAUGAAGGGUUAAAACAAGCCAACAGGCUCCUGGAAUCCCAGCUCCAGUCUCAGAAGAGGAGCCACGAGAACGAGGCCGAGGCCCUCCGCGGGGAGAUCCAAAGCCUGAAGGAAGAGAACAACCGGCAGCAGCAACUGCUGGCCCAGAACCUGCAGCUGCCCCCCGAGGCCCGCAUCGAGGCCAGCCUGCAGCACGAGAUCACCCGGCUGACCAACGAGAACUUGUAUUUUGAGGAAUUAUAUGCAGAUGACCCUAAGAAGUAUCAAUCAUAUCGGAUUUCACUUUACAAACGGAUGAUUGAUUUGAUGGAACAACUUGAAAAGCAAGAUAAGACUGUACGGAAACUGAAAAAACAACUGAAAGUUUUUGCCAAAAAAAUAGGUGAACUAGAAGUGAGCCAGACGGAGAGCAUAUCCCCAGGGCAGAUCAUUGACGAGCCCAUCCGUCCCGUCAACAUUCCCAGGAAAGAGAAGGAUUUCCAAGGGAUGCUGGAGUACAAGAAGGAGGAUGAGCAAAAGCUUGUUAAGAACCUGAUUCUGGAACUGAAGCCACGUGGUGUAGCAGUCAAUUUGAUUCCAGGGUUACCAGCAUACAUCCUAUUUAUGUGUGUUCGACAUGCUGACUACCUGAAUGACGAUCAGAAAGUAAGGUCGUUGCUAACAUCAACAAUUAACAGCAUCAAAAAAGUAUUAAAGAAAAGAGGUGAUGAUUUUGAAACGGUUUCCUUCUGGCUCUCGAACACUUGCCGGUUUUUGCACUGUUUGAAGCAGUACAGCGGAGAAGAGGGCUUCAUGAAGCACAACACGUCACGCCAGAACGAACACUGCCUCACCAAUUUUGACCUGGCUGAGUACCGGCAGGUGCUGAGUGACUUGGCCAUUCAGAUCUACCAGCAGCUGGUGCGGGUGUUAGAGAACAUCCUUCAGCCGAUGAUCGUCUCAGGUAUGCUGGAGCAUGAGACCAUUCAGGGCGUGUCCGGGGUGAAGCCCACAGGCCUGCGGAAGCGGACCUCCAGCAUCGCUGACGAGGGCACCUACACACUGGACUCCAUCCUCCGGCAGCUCAACUCCUUCCACUCGGUCAUGUGUCAGCACGGCAUGGACCCCGAGCUGAUCAAGCAGGUGGUCAAGCAGAUGUUCUACAUCGUGGGGGCCAUCACGCUGAACAACCUCCUGCUGCGGAAGGACAUGUGCUCCUGGAGUAAAGGCAUGCAGAUCAGGUACAAUGUCAGUCAACUGGAAGAGUGGCUGCGUGACAAGAAUCUGAUGAACAGUGGGGCUAAAGAAACCCUGGAACCUCUCAUUCAGGCUGCUCAGCUUCUGCAGGUGAAGAAGAAAACAGAUGACGAUGCCGAAGCCAUCUGUUCCAUGUGCAAUGCUUUAACCACCGCCCAGAUUGUCAAAGUGUUGAAUUUGUACACGCCAGUGAAUGAGUUUGAAGAAAGAGUCUCCGUGUCAUUCAUUCGUACUAUACAGAUGCGUUUACGAGACAGGAAAGACUCCCCUCAGCUGCUCAUGGAUGCUAAACACAUCUUUCCUGUCACCUUUCCUUUUAACCCGUCCUCCCUCGCUCUAGAAACCAUACAGAUUCCUGCCAGCCUGGGCCUGGGGUUCAUAUCCCGAGUCUGAAAGUGAUGUCAAGGCAAACAGUGACAAUACAUUUCUUGCCUGAAAUAAAAACCUAUUAUUUCCCAGUGAGCUACUGAAAACACAUUUGUAAAGAAAAUGCAAUGAUCAGCUUCCAAACGAGAGGUCAUUACCUUGCAUCACCUUGGAAAGAAAGUUACACUCCUUUGUAGCGACACUCCCCAGUGACUGGUUAGGCAUUCUGAAUUUACAUGCAGGAGAAUGGCAGAAGGAAGGAAAAAUGUGUCUUCAGCUGCUAGCAUUUAUUUUAAAUCUUUAGCACUGCAUCUAAAUGGUAUAAAAAACAUAAAGUCUAGAUAUGAGCUAAUGUUAGCAAGGUACCAACAGAAACCACCCUCUGUGAUAACCAGAAGAAAAAUCGCUACUGAGUACAUAUCAUAUCAGUUUAGGAAUCAGUGUUGAUGUGGUCGAACUGGAUCCAAGAAAUAAACUGGCAAUAUGUUAGUAGUUAGUCAAGCAACUCCCUUAUAUGUGUCAUUAUGACGUAGAAGUGUAAAAGGAAUGCUGGUUUCCUAUGCAGCGUAGAAGUCCAUUUGUACUGUCGCUUCCUGAGCAUUUUAAAUUGCUGCUACAUACUGUGUUCUUUAAAAUGUAAGUGAUGUUCUUGUUAGGCACUACAACAAUAAGCUUCUCAUUUAUCAAUUCUGUUUACAGUUCAAUCAGAUCACAGUUUUAACUGGAUCGUGUGCAAAAAUCUACAGAUCCCCCUGCACGCGUAGCGGACACUGGAAAGUCACGUAGUGGUAAACGUUAGACUUUGAGGGGUGGGAAUAGACAGGACGGCACCUGUUGCUGUCAUGGUGUUUUCAGGACGUUGCACUGAUGUGCUCAUUGGUUUUCCCUGGGCGGGUAUCACAGCAGGUGCAGUGUUCUGUGAAGUGACUUAUUUCUAGUUCCCAGGGCUGACUCCUGCAGUGCAUCUAUUCAGCCUUGACAGGUUUUCUUUCUUCUUAAUUUAUUAAGAAUUCAUCUCAGUCACUAUCUAGAGAGCAUUGUCAGUAUAUUCAUGAUUCAAGUCUUAAAAACUUUGAUUAUCCUAUAAAUUAUGCAAAAGAAGUUGUAUAAUAAAUAAUUAUGAUUUCAUUGUUUAGGCUUGCAACUUCAAUACAUGUUCUCAGUACUUCUAGGUACUUUAAAGAGCAUCCAUCGGGUUAGAAAUACUUUGACUUAGGUAAGAAAUAGAAGAAAAUUGCUGAGUUUUACAGAGGAUUUGGCUCAGUAAGAUCCAGAUCCUGUGUUUUCAUUCUGAAACUCCAAUUAAACGUAUUCUGCAUUUGUUCUUAGGUAUCUUAUACCAUAAAUCUUUCAGGUUGUGCAAAAAGCAAAUUCAUUAGAAACUCUGGUUCUGCAUUACAAUCAUAGAUUUAUAUAAUUUAACUCCUAGAUGAUUUAUAAAAGUGACAUUUUAUUAAGAUAUGUGCAAUAUUAUCAAUGGAAGUCAAACAGUUUCAAAUCGAUAAAGAUUGUUAUUAAAAGAUAAAUACUGUCUGUUAACUUAUUUGGGCCUCACAUUCCUCUUUUACACAGUAAGAGGGUUGGACAGCUGAGUCCUAAGGUCCCUCAGUGUGCUCAUGCAAAGACCAGCGUUCAGUGCCUGCUAAGUCUGAGGGAUUAACAAAAUGUAGUAUCACAAAUCUGUGAAGCUGUAGCCUUCUCCAGUGUACAUGAUUUUCGUUCAUAUUUUUAGAAAGUUAUAUUUAGGUAAUUUUUAUUGUCACGUACCUCUGUAUUCCAUUUGUAUGCAUUUAUUUAUCUGCAAAACCAACCCAAACGUUACUAAUUCAUUCAGGUUCUCUCAGUUUUGCCAGGGGCGUCAUUGUGGUUUUCAGUGAACUCAUAACCAUUUGGUUAGUACUGAAUGUGUCGUAUUUAAGAGCAUGGAUGGGACUUGGGUGGGGAAAUGCUUAAACAGACGAUGCCUCCAUGGUGUACACAGUCCACCUCGGGCCCGGAAACCUCCCGGCCCUCCCAGCUCAGUGCUGUGUCACAUGUCCCGUGCACGCCCUCAGCCUUGUCGGGUCUUCAGGGUCACUCUGGGGCUCCCACUGCCAUCACAGUUCUUUCUCUUCCCCCAGACAACUCGCAUACUGAAGUAUCUCUAGUCUGGGCCUGUGUCUCUCCCCUGAGUGCUGUCUUUCUGCUGGGAAGUGCAGCAGCUUGUUCCUCCCCUGGGCCAGAGUCUCUGUUCAGGGAUGGCCACACAAAGGUUCUGAUGCUCCGGGGCUGCAGCUUCCUCCAAGCCCUGUGCGGAAGCCCAGGUGGGGGUCUGGAUUAACUUCUUUUAGCAGCCUAAAGGUACUCAGUAGUCAUAACAAGAGCGGCCUACCACCAGGGACCCCCACAGCCUGCUAAUGACCCUGCAUGCUGCUUGAGGAUACGGCAAUAUUCUGGGAAUCCUUUGGCCACUUUGAGGACUGCUUACCCUUCCCUCUGUCCAUCCACACUUCCUCUUGCAGCUUCAAAUUCACCUCCAGCAGCCUUUCACCCACCCAUUUAUCUGUUCGCUCUUCCCCUUCUGCAAACCCUGAGUCCCAGCACCAGCCUGCUUGCCUGACCCGACUGCCUGCCAUUGGUGGGUGGAGUCAGUCCUCAGCUGCCCCAGCCUGCCUGGCCGCUUCCCUUUGGGCCAGUCUGAGUACAACUUCUUCUUCUUCUCACUUCUCUCUAGUACAUUCUUCAACAUUUUCACUAAUUUUUUAUAAUUCCUCUCUGACACACAAUAGGAAUUCAAAGAAAGAUCUUGAAACAACAGCGGCUCAUGGUCAUAAUAGCCCCUUCAGAAUACUCUGCUCCCUACUUUCCUUACCUACAGGUGCAGCUCCCACCUUGGAAUGCGAAGCUGAAAAACCAGCAGCAGUUUCCCUUAUUGCUUGUCUUCAGUUAAGGUUUUGCUCUGAGAGUUAACUAUGGAGAUGGGGGAAGAUGAAUGUGGCAUAAAGUCCACGAAUGUGGCUUCACAGUUCCUUUGGAAGUUUUGAAUAAUCCCCACAUACCUGAUACUUCUUUUGUAGGAGCAGAAGUGCAAAUGUAUAUAUUCCAAAGCCAACUAAAAGGAGCUUUGGGGAUUUGAAUUAGUAUGAUUUGCUUUAUUUUUUAAAAAGAUUUUAUUUCUUUAUCUUUAGAGGGGAAGGGAAGGAGAGAGAAAAAGAAAUAUCAAUGUGUGGUUGCCUCUUGUGUGUCCCCUGCUGGAAACUGCCCUGCAGCCCUGACUGGGAAUUGAACCACAGUUGUUUGGUUUGCAGGCCCGUGCUCAAUCUACUGAGCUACACCAGCCAGGGCUGAUUUGCUUUGUUUCAUUGGAUAAUUUAGAGUUGGCUUUUUCUGAGUAAUUAUAUAUAAUGUAGAUAAAAUCUUUUAAUGACUAGAGGAGGCUACAAAAAUUCUUUAUUUUAUUAGAAUUUCAGUACAGUGAUGAUCGUGAGAAAUUACUUUCCUGGUGACCCUAGGUAAAGGGGCACCUGCCACUGUUCUGAGAAGAUCUCCACCAGUGUUUCUCUGUCCCGCCCCUCCCAUAAACAUACACAGAGUCACCAGUUCAUAGAGUUCCCCAGGCAGCAUGGUCAAGUAUCCUCUGGGUAACUUCAGCUGUUCAGGAUAAAACAGAAAGCAAAAAUUACUGUUUGACCCUUAAAUUCUCCUGUUGAGAGCUGUGCAGAACGGUGCCGUGCAUUGGCUGUGCUUUACUUCCAUGCGCUCUCUCUUACCUCACUGUCUCCUCACAGCAGCACUGGAAGGUAGAAAAUGUAGCCACACUCAUCUGCUGAUGAUAUUCAAGAGAGGUAAGGUCAGACUUGCCGGAGGUCCCGCAGCCCCCCAGUCGAGCCAUCUUCCCGUGUGCAGCAGUGGCAGUGUGGGCGGACGCAACGAGGGCACUUGAACGAGUCCUGAGGUUAUGUCUGCCCCCCUUGGUACCUGCGGGGCACCCGAAUCGGCAAGAGGCGCUCUUUCUCUUUAUCAGAGUUAGCAGCUGGCACAUGGGAACUGAGCAGUGAGCAAUACUGAGCAGUAGUUCUUUGUGCUAACGAGAUAAAGAGCCUAGAGCCCAGUAGUUUUCCUUCUGUCAUAGUUACCUGCUAUGACUAGGUUUGACUUGUAAUGAAUCAGUGCUCCCUUGGAGGGUGCAAUACUCUGUGCUUAGGUCAUUAAUUAGUAGCAGGCUGUCUACUAAGUGAAGAGGAAGGUCACUCUCAAUACACCCCGCCCUGCCAGCCAGGGUUGUUUGACCGUCGCUGUGUGUGCAUGCUGCCAGUGUUUACUGUGGAGCUGGGAGCUGUGCUGUGUGCAUGCGUGUUAGGGAGGCUGUGUACCGCCGUGGCCUCUGCUCAUGAAUAAGUGCGUUGUAAUUUCUUCUCAGGCUGUGCUGUGAGGGCCGCCUUAACCCCUGCUCCCUUUCCUCCUGGAGCUGCCUUAAGUUCCCUGCAACUUUUCCUCUGUAAGGGGACAUAUUGCCUGGAGAGAAUAUCAAGCCGUGUUUCUCAAGGUUUUGUGAGGGUUUGGGUUGGGUGUGGCCUCCAACCACUAAUUCCGUUCUCCCCAGUCUGCAUGAUCCUCCCCGACCUAUUACUUCUUCCCUUCUUUUCUGCUAGUUCUAAACAGGUAUUAGAACUCUGAGGCAGCAGUAGUCUCAGAGCCAGUGAAAUGUGGGCUUAGACAGCGUUCCCGAGUUCUGCGGGCUCUGUGUCACAGGAAGCAGAUGAACGUGUGGAGGAAAUACAGAGAUGUCAGAGUCUGGGUAAUAUUUUAACUGGCUUGUUUUCCACUGACCUUUUCUUAAUAAAGGUGAACAGUAUAACUGUAAAGCUUUUCAUGGACAUUCUUUAAAAAACAUUUUUAAGAAGCUGGUACAAUAAAAGAUUGAAAACAAGAAAGAGUGCUAUAAAAUCUAAUCCACUGUAUUACCCUAAAUUAAAUCAGCCUGGAGUUAGUGGGUUUUCAGUAGAUCAGGAACUGAGAAGUACUAGGUAACAUAUCUGCCAAAAUGCAUUUUAUACCUUUUUUAUUUUAUAAUUUGGUCUAGCUAAAAUGUUCAUUAGCUUAAUUUAAUGAGUGUUAUUAGAGUCAUAAAUAUCUGAAAAUGACUUUUUUAAUACUGUAAUAUUGCUUGAAAUAUUUGAAAGAAAAAUGUUUUUGAGUUGAAACUGGAAUGUAUAAUUCAAUGCUUGGUAGGUCAGUACAUUUUUAUGCAUUUUUUCAAAUAUCUUAUGUUACCAUAUGUUGUAAAAUUUUAGACUACACUUCAGGCUUUCUAAAUCAUUUGAGCCAUUUAAUUUUUUUCCAACAAAUGGUGAUUUUUUUCCCUUUAAAUGUGGAUAUGUAUAUUGUAAUUUAUGAUUCCUAGUUAUGUAUUUUUGUGGAAUCCUGGAAGUAACAUUGACUUUUUUGUGUCUUGGAAAUUUAAAUUUCUCUAACAGUGUUGCACAAAAAUGAGCUCAUGACAUUUAACACUGUAUUUUAAUUAUUAACUUUAAUUGCUAAUUGACUGUGAGAUGGAUACGCUUUUUAACUAAAAUGAAAUUGAACAUUGCAAUUUUCCAAAUAGUUUUUCUUGUCGGACCUGGAAAAGGAAUUCUACUUUGAGCUACACAGAAAAACAAACUACGUUUCAUCUUUUAAAAGUUCUUUGGUACCGUGUUCAUCCAUUAAAAAGGAAGCGGAAGCACUGAAAAAUGAAAGGCAUUAUCAACCAACUCUGGUUUUAAACAGAACCCAUCCCAGCAUAUCUCACAUGGAGUUUUUAAAAAUAAACUAAUAAUUCACCUCAUAUCAACAAAAGAUAUCAACUAGUGCUAAGAUGAAAACCAAAACCAAAUCAGAUUGACAUUUAAGCUUUGUAGUUGUCUAAUGUUGUACUUAGUAAGUGUGCGUCAUUAAUGCUGUAUUCUCCUGGCUAUUAUAGAGAAUUGUUCAAAUAAAGGUAUGAAGAUGA